AUAAGUUGGGCUAGUGGCAUAGUGAAGAGUAGGCAUCACGUCUUAGUUAGUUUGCCAUCAAACUGUGUUUCAAAGCACAACGCAGUGGUCGGUGAUACGAGUGGUGAUUCGAAAAACGGAAAGAUGAUUUCGAAGUUGUUGCUGGGCUGCCUUUUAACCAGCAUGCCGAUACUUAUACUUGGAAAUUCUCUAAGAGAUGACGAUUUCGCUGAUCUUCGCGGACCGUACUGCGAAAAUAUUGGAUGCUGCUCAAGUAGAAGAGAUUCGUGCUCGGUACCGAUCAUAGGAACUUUAUGUUACUGCGAUGAAUUCUGCAAUUCCACAAGAGUAAACGAUUGUUGCCCGGACUAUUGGUCUCAUUGUAGAGGUAUACCGUUCCCCGAACCAGCACCGCCCCCGUUAACCAGUUGCAAAUACCAAGAUAGAGCCCUUCGUCAAAACGAUACUGUUCAAGAUAAUUGUAAUAAAUGUGUUUGCGAACGCGGUGAUUUGAUGUGCGAACAAAACGUCUGUAUCAUAGAUUCUAAUAUAAUUGAAACGAUCAACAGAGAUCCGGAAAACUUCGGAUGGACCGCUACGAAUUAUUCCCAAUUUUGGGGUCACACUUUAGACGAAGGCGUUCAAUACAGACUAGGGACGCUUCCACCACAACGUUUCGUUAUGACCAUGAACCCAGUUCAGAGGAUCUACGAUCCGAAUUCUCUACCUAGAGAAUUCGAUUCGAAUCUGGUCUGGCCUGGUUUGAUCACUGGUAUACAAGACCAGGGAUGGUGCGGAUCCUCGUGGGCUAUUUCAACUGCUGCAGUAGCUUCCGAUAGGUAUGGGAUUGUUUCGAAAGGUAAGGAAGCGGUUCAGCUCAGCGCUCAAAAUUUGAUAUCUUGCGAUACUCAAGGUCAACAGAGUUGUAGCGGAGGUCAUUUAGAUAGAGCGUGGUCUUUCACUAAAGCUUAUGGUCUUGUGGAUGAAGAUUGUUUUCCAUAUGUAGCCAGAAAUGAGAGAUGUACCAUUAAGAGAAGAGGGACUUUGGAAGCUGCGGGUUGUAGACCUCCAGUUUAUUCUGAUAGAAGAGGAAGAUAUACCGUUGGUCCGGCUUAUAGGCUUGGAAAUGAAACGGAUAUCAUGUACGAAAUCACCAAAUCCGGACCUGUACAAGCUACCAUCAAGGUCUACCAUGAUUUAUUUGUUUAUACCGGGGGGAUUUACAAGCAUACUGAUUUGGCUUUAAAUCACAAGCAAGGUUAUCAUUCUGUGAGGAUUGUCGGUUGGGGUGAAGAGAAUACGUAUCGAGGAACAAUUAAAUACUGGAAAGUGGCUAAUAGUUGGGGUACGAAUUGGGGUGAAAACGGUUAUUUCAGAAUUUUAAGGGGAGAAAAUGAAUGCGAAAUUGAAUCUUUCGUGAUAGCUUCGUGGCCGCAUAUUUCAAGAAGAAUUUUACUGUCGAAUGAAGUCAACAUAAUUUGAAAAAAAUAUAUUUUCCGUUAGUUUAGGGUAUAAUUAGUUUCAGUUUAUUUUUGCUCUAAUAUAUACUUUUGUAGAAUUUUUUUUCUAAAUUAAAAUAUUUUGAAAAUUA